UAAGCAUGUGUUUACUUGUGAACUUUAAAAUGCUACAAGCUGUGUUGGAAAAAUGUAAAUGCUGUGAAUCAUCUGAACAGCAGGAUCCAUAUUGCCCUCCUCCCUGUUAUUGCUCAACAGAUUAGGACACGCUGGCUUUCAAAAGAUCCAUGAAAAGGAAAUUGCAACAUGUGCUCUAGUCUCCGCAGAAGAGGAAGUACAAGCUGAGGAGGAAACUUCUGAACUCGGAUUGAAGUUUUUUAAAGUAACAAGAUGAUUUUACAAGACUCUCAUGUGACCUGAGGAGGCUGUUACCUAUACAGAAGGGCUGGAAUAACAUUAGAUGGUCCCACUGAGGUGGGAUCAGAGCUGUUGAGUCAUUGGCUGGUUUUGCAUGGCUGAGAAUUCAAUCUGCACGCGUGGGUCAGAGGUGAGAUUUCCUCUGUGAGCUCCGCUGUGUGGUGUUGACUCUCUCAUCCUUCCUCCGUCUGUUCGGUGCGCCUGUCACUUUCUUUGAGCCAUGGGCCUAGCUUCUUGGAAACUGGGAAGUCUGCUGUUUUUCCUCGGGCUUUAUGGGAUCUGCUCAGGAUCUGUGCAUGAGAACUGUACCAACUACAAGCUCCAGUUUGAGAGGGUUUACUCUGUUCCGGGGGAUGUUGCUAUGUUGAAUAGCACCCUGGUGGCUCACGAUGUCUUCGACUACACCUUAAAGCCUUAUAACAUCACCUGGUAUGGCUCAAAACAAAGAGGCAAAGAGCUGAGCAACCAGCCCGGUCGAAUCCUGCUGCAAGGAGAGACUCUGUGGUUUCUUAACGUGACGCUGAAUGACGAGGGGGAAUACAUCACCAUACUCAGGACUUCUUCCGGGUGCUACAGGCAGGCCACCAAGCUGAUAGUGGAUAAGCCAGUUGCUGCAGAGUGUGGGAGGCCGCAGAAAGCGAAUCAAAUGGUUACAAAUGGAGUGACUGACCAUGUAUCAUGCCCUCUGAAAGACUACAUCAAGAAACUGGACAGCUACAACAUCACUCACUCUCUCACGUGGUACAAAGAUUGUGACCGCAUUGUGAGUGGGGUGGGCAAAUUUAGCUACUGGGAUGAGACCAAACUGAAGAUUGACGAGGUGGACCUCCAGGACAACGGCCACUUCACCUGCACUCUUACCUUCACCCUUGGUGGCGUCACAGGAUCUGUAUCAGAGACCAUAUAUACAUCAGUCAAAGAGGAGUAUUGUUCUGUUCCACAAGUGCAUGAACCAGCCAAUGAAACUAUCAAGGCACCAAUAGGGUCCAAUUUCACCAAGAAGUGCCUAGUGUUUGUGCCAUGUGUCGGGAACAGGAGGUGCAUGGUUGAUAUCUUUUGGGUGCUCAAUGAUGAUUUCAUUGAAAUUGAUAUUUCUGAGCGGGUCUACUCAUCAGAAGAGCGUUUGUGGCAUCAGAAUGCUCCCAUUAAAGGCCUGUGGUUGGAGAAGCUGCUGAUUAUUUCUGAGCUGCGGGAGGAGGAUUACCAAAUCAACUAUACCUGUCGAGCGUACAGUGACCGGGGUAAUCCUUGGGGAUAUUUCUCUUUGUUACCACCAGAUCCCUGCAUCAUAAUUCCCAUUGGAUCUGCGCUGGGCAGUGUGAUGGUUCUUUUGAUCAGCAGUGUCAUCGUCUUCUACAUUUUCAAAAUUGACAUUGUGCUGUUGUUCAGACAAGCAUUUCCCAUCCUCUACACAAAUAAAGAUUUGGAUGGAAAGCUGUAUGAUGCCUAUGUGGCAUACCCACAGCCCUGUGCAGUUGGGUUCAGCGAAGAAGUGGAGAUGUUUGCUAUUCACAUGCUACCUGAAGUGUUGGAAAAAGCCUGCGGUUACAAACUGUUCAUAGCAGGCCGUGACUGUCUGCCGGGGCAGGCUGUAGUCGACUCAGUGCACGAAAACAUACAAGCCAGCCGUCGCCUCCUCCUGCUCUACACCGCCUCUACUUUCAUCAGCAAAAGCCACACCGGCAGCGUCAGUAGCCAUAACAACAACAAUGUCUCCAAGGACAGCGACGGCAUCAAUAACAACGAGAGCAAGACCGGCGACAACAUCAACGGCGAGAGUUUGGACGGCGGCGACGGAGACUACUUAGAUACGAGGCAGCAGUUGGAGUGUUUGGAAGCGAUGUACAAAGCACUAAUGGAGGGAUCUCUCAAGGUGGUGCUAGUGGAGUUGGAAGAGGUCACCCCCGCUCAGCUGGCUCUCUUCCCAGAGUCGGUGCGUCAUCUGAGGAAGAAGCAGGGGGCUGUGCGCUGGUGGAAGAACCAGAGGACGAGGCAAAGGUGGAAGACUUGUACGAGGAGAGAGGAUGAGGAGAAAGGCAGACAGGACGCGGAGCUGUCCCCAUCUCUCUCCCCUUCCUCCAGGUUUUGGAAGGAGAUGAAGUAUCAUAUGCCGGUGAGGGGCAAGAGGGCGGUGUACCCUGAGAAAACCGCCCUACUGUAAAUGUGAUGUGGUGUCAUUAUGUUUGAUAAGUGUUGGACCAGACAGUAGCUGGUUUAAGAUGGAAAUGCGCAUAGAGGCGAAUCCCUCUAUCGCACAAGCAACACAAAAAUACAGCUCUGUAAAUUUGUGAGUUGCGCUCUCUGAGUCGGGAUUACGGCACGGAUGCACUUCUGCACGUUUUGUCCUUUUCUGCUAUAAUUGUGCUUUUUAAAGGAGUACAUUCAUGGCAGCACAAAGGCUCAUCGUUGUACCGCGCGGAGCAUUCACCGAAGUGCAAAGUAACUGAUCUCAAAAAAGGAGGAAGAUGUUUCGCUCACAGCAGUAAAGUCACACCUGAUGUGCUGAUCAUCACAGUGGCUGCUGUAAGCUCAAACACUCCAUAUGUUGAGCUGUUGACAUUCCCUGGAAAGUGGAGACUGAAGAACGACACGGACAAAGGACUGAUCAAACCAAGUGAUCGUGUGUAACUGUAAAAUGUACAUAUGUAUAAUGAAAAGUGUAAAUAUGUACAAGUAGUAUAGUUUUAAAAUGUCAUCGCAAUGAUUCGUAUCUAAUGCAAAAAAAAAAAAGGGUGCUUAAGUGAAAGUCUUUUAACAAGUGGAUACAUGCACACAAGUGAGUUGGUAACCUUUCCUUUCUCUCAGACUUAAGGACACAUAGUUGCUGAGAAGGGUGACCAUAAAGUAUUCUACUUAUCCAGAGAGUCUUUCAAAGCUCAGCAGUUUUCAAUAAUGUGAAAGUGGAGCAGCAAACUGUGAGCUUUUUUCAUAUCAUACUUACUGCUGUUAAUUUAUGAUGAACUAUGAAUGAACAGAUGAGUGAAUGUAAUUACCAAGGAAGGGAAAUGUGGGACAUUUUUCAUCAUUGUGAUCAUUUCCAUUUUAUCAUGCUAGUGAUGGGCUCUGAAGGCAAAAUACCCAGAUUCAUUAAGCUCAGAUAUAAUAAAAUCAAAUCUCUUAGGUAGCAAGCUUUUCCAACUAGCUGACAGCAUCAAUAGGUGAUUCUAAUGUUGAAAGAGUAUUACAAGUAUUCAACACCUCAACAUCUGGAUUGUCUAUACUGCACUAUAAUAGUCCACCACAUACUGAAUGUUGAGGAUGUAUAAUGAGGAAACUCUUUAUGUAUGAUCCUUUGUACUAAAGCUUGACUGUUUUGUCAAUAAAUGGGACAUUUUGGAUC